GAACAUGUAGAGUUAGCGACACAGAUAGAUGUAGAGUUAGCGACGCAGGAAUAUGUAGAGUUAGCGUGGACAUGGACACGGGAACGUGUAAAGUAAGAAUCCCAUGUUGACGGAUGAAGGAGAGUGUGUAGUGACGGAUGACAGAAUCUGGAGAGAUAGGAUAUUGUCCAGGAUGUCAUCCACAUGUUCGUAGAACUUGUAUAUGGGAUGUGCGUGCGUGUGUGUGUGUGUGUGUGUGUGUGUGUGUGUGUGUGUGUGUGUGUGUGUGUGUGUGUUUGGAAGGCAUGUGGCGUUCGGUAUUAGGCAGCGAGCAGCGGUGGUGGCGGCGGCAGCGGCGGGUGUGUGUGUGUGUGUGGUGUGGGCGGCUGAGAGGAAGAGAGUGUGUGCGGUGUGAUACAUGGGCGGCAAUAAAUGAGUGUGGUGAGGAGGUGGCCGGGCGGCCCGCCCCGCCGCCGCCCUCUGCACCAAUGGUGGGCGGCGAGGUGCCAGGCUCCGCCCCCUGCCCUGGCCGCCAGGGGGCAGCAGCGGGCGACUAUGGACUAGCGGCGUUAGCGAGCGCGAACCAACAAGUCGACUCCAGUCUGAGAGAGACCCUCUCGCAGCGCACACAACGCCGUGUGUCGCCGCUGUGCCACAGUGUGUGUGUGCCAGACGCGCGUGCAGUGUGUGUGUGUCGGGCGGCCUGUACUAGUGUGACGUGGUGGCCCGUGUGUUGGCACCCCCAGGUGACCAUCACUACUAUAUCCCCCCCCCCCCCCCCCCCCUGUGACAACACUUAAGUGACAACUGUGUACGCCAUGCAGCACGCCCGCUGAUAACUGCUGUGACUACUGCUGCUGCUUCUGCUGCUACGCAGCGCCAAACAGUCGUGAAGGUGGCAGCGUCUGAGGGGAGUUCAGCCCCGGAGGUGGGCGGCGGGUGGGUGGGUGCGGGCGGAUUGGGCGGUUUCACCGUGGCUCCUCACCCUCUCCUGGGCAGCAUGGCGGCGCCAGGGCCUGACGCCCAAGGCGGCGCGGGGGGCGACACCCCCGGCAAGGACAUGGCAGCCCUACACAAUUUCCAAUCCAUGGAUUGGCUCUUCAAGAAGGAACGAAUCUUCCUCCUGGCUCAGUUCUGGCAACAGAGAGCGACGCUGGCGGAGAACGAAGUCCACACCCUCAAGGAACAGCUCGAGACGGUCAAGUGCCAGAAGGGCUUCAAGGAGAGCAACAACAACAACAAUAAUAACAACAACAACAUCAACAGUACCAACUCCAACCACAACAACAUCAACAACGGCACCGCCACCUCCACCACCUGCUCCACCACCACCACUACCACCACCACCACCACAGAGGCCGGCAACGACCUGGUCGACUCCUCAGAGGUCUCUGAUAGACCAGACAGAACUGGCAGAAAUACGCCAAUUGAGGAUAUGAUACAAUCAAAAGAAAAAGAGGUACGUGGAGCUUCGUCCUCAAGCUCUACCUCAUCUCUGAAACUUUUGGAAGCCGCAGAAGUGUCCAAGCUGGUCGAGGACAUCUCCCGGCUGCAGGCGGCGCUCUCCGGGGUCAAGGAGGCCACAGCCGCACAGAUGCACGCCAUGGAGGAACAACUCGAGCAGAAGAACAGACUUAUCCAACGACUCGAGUUUAAGUUGGAACACUCCAGCCUUGAGGAAGCCAAACGUGACCUCCACUGGGAUCAAACCAGCAAUCUCUGGGCAAGAUUCAGGCACCAUACACUCUCCACCGCGGAUACAGCGAACUGGUGGAGCGAGUUCUCGCAUUGUGAGGCACCACCAAGUACAUUUGGGCCAAGAACGAAUAUACGGGACGGCCGGCUGGGGCCAGAGGGUCUCUCUAUGCCCCCAAGAUCGCUGGAGACCCUGCUAGCGGACAGAUCUAAGGCCGAGCACGAUCUCAAAAUUCCUGCAUCGGAGUUCGGUAAGCAGUUUCACGAUGUCUAUGGACCACUGCCCCCGAUGAGCCAUGCCCACCUACACCCACCCCUGAGACCACACCUACCCCCGCCCCUCGCUCCUCCCCCAAUGGCCUCGCCCCUCCAGCCCCUGGCACCGCACCCCCCGCCUGGCACCCCGCUCCAUCACCUGCUGGGGGAGGAAUGGCGACGAUCGCUGGAAAGAUCAGCACAGGAACGUCACCACCUCACCUCAGGUCAAAUGUCACCGGACAGCGGAGGAGUCCAGAUGGAACGUUCGGACUCUAGGGAUUCUCCUCUGGGGGACAUCAACAUGAAGAGUCCUUCCUCGCUUGUCAAUGGCUUCCCGCACGAAACCAAAAGUCCUUUCCAGUCGAGGGACGACCGUUCGCCAUUUAAGGAGGAAAUCCCUUCACUGGCCUUCAAAUUUGAGGACCGAAUUACUGGAGAGUCUCUUAUCCCUAAGGGCGACCCUAUGGAAGCCCGGUUGCAGGAAAUACUAAGGUUCAACAUGGAGAAGUUCUGCCAGCAGAACCUCGACACACUCACUCUCGCCCGACGAGUGCGUGAACUCCUCUCUAUCCACAACAUUGGACAGAGACUUUUCGCGAAAUACGUCCUUGGGCUUUCGCAAGGGACGGUGUCGGAGCUCUUGUCGAAGCCGAAGUGUUGGGACAAACUGACGGAGAAGGGCAGAGACUCCUACCGCAAGAUGCACGCCUGGGCCACCGACGACAACGCUGUGUUCCUCCUCAAGUCUCUCAUCCCCAAGAAAGCUUGCCGUAGGAAACCCGAAUCAUGCCUGAUGCCUAAUGGUCUCUUAACAGGUUCGAAGGAGGCCGGCGGUGGAUAUCGUGGUCCUGACGACACUGUGACGGAAGAGAGGAUCCAACACAUCCUAAGCGAGGCCUCCAGGGCCAUGACAUCCACCUCGGUGCCCAACCAACCCGGCCAGCAGGACCAGGACUCCAGGAGCACCGACUCCAAGUCUCCGGCCAGCUCCACACACUCUCCCAGCAGUCCCUUGUCACGUGACAGUCGGCCGCGACUCAGAAAGUUCGACAACGACGACAUGCCGCAGGAAAAAGUGGCCAGAAUUUACCAGGAGGAACUCGUCAAAUUGAUGUCACGACCCCAAGAGCCUCCACUUCCCUUGCCGCGGGACCCGCAAUACCCGGGGAUCCUCUUCCCCUUCCUGGGUCAGUCACUGCUCUUCAACAGAUCUCCCGAGGAGGUGAAGCUCGCCCUCGAUGCCUACCACCAGGAGCUUAGCAAGCUCCAGGGCGGCACCGGCAUGGGUCUUGGCGCUGCUGGCCUCGGUAUGGGGGGCGCCGGAGGUCUGGGAGUGGGCGUAGGAGGCUCACUAGGCAUGGGUGUUGGUCUGGGUGCCGGAGGACUCCACAGUGGAGCGCAGGACCUCUCCUUGCCCAAGAGGGAACCACAGCGGAAUAUGGACGACGAAGACGAAGGUCGCAACAUGAGUGUGGCAUCGCCCUUCGGUCACAGCAGAUCAAAAGCGGAGACGAGUAAAAAGAUGUUGUGUCCUUGGCAGGUGAAGGAACAGCUGAGUCAGUACAGCAUCUCACAGCGGCUGUUCGGAGAGUCGGUGCUGGGGCUGUCACAGGGCUCCGUGUCUGACCUGCUCGCCAGACCCAAACCCUGGCACAUGCUUACUCAGAAGGGUCGUGAACCAUUCAUCCGAAUGAAAAUCUUCCUUGAGGACGACAACGCUGUGCACAAGUUGGUGGCCUCCCAGUACAAGAUCGCCCCAGAGAAGCUGAUGAGGACAGGAGGAUACACAGCCCCGCCCCUGUAUUUAGUCGGUGGGUGUCCACUACCUGGGGGUUUAGCGCCCCCUGGGUCUCGUCUCCCAGGGGGGUUGUCCACUACUGGCUCACCCACCCUUCCACCAUACACAAGUAGCAGCAAGCCACAGCACCACCUCAAACUCCCCGCAGACCUUCCUAAGAGCAUGGAGUCGCCCCUUCCGCCCGUGGGAAUACCCCCGUCUCUCGGCGGCUUACCCUUACCCACCCAUCACAUGUCCUUCGACGCCAGGAUGCCUCUCCUUGACCCGCUCAGAAAGGCGGGGAUGGGCGGUGUCCGCGCCCCGGGACCAGUGGCUCCCUCAGUGUACGAAAUGGCUGCGCUGACACAAGACCUCGACACGCAGGUCAUCACAACCAAGAUCAAGGAAGCUCUGCUAGCCAACAAUAUUGGCCAGAAGCUUUUUGGAGAGGCAGUGUUAGGACUGUCUCAGGGAUCCGUAUCAGAACUGCUAAGUAAGCCCAAGCCAUGGCACAUGCUUAGUAUCAAGGGUCGAGAGCCAUUCAUCCGCAUGCAGUUAUGGCUCAACGACUCCCGCAAUUUGGAGAAGCUUCAGCAGCUGAAGAACGAGCGACGAGAGGCCAACAAGAGGCGGCGUGCCCUAGACCCCACUGUCGAAGUGUCACAGGAUUCUCAGGACGUUUUCCAGGCUCCUUCACCAGGAGGUUCCUCAAAGAAACAACGUGUAUUAUUUUCAGAGGAACAGAAGGAGGCUCUCCGAUUGGCCUUCGCCCUUGAUCCUUACCCAAAUUUAGCCACCAUUGAGUUCUUGGCACAGGAACUGCAAUUGUCUACCCGCACCAUCACUAACUGGUUCCACAAUCACCGAAUGCGGCUCAAACAAAACCCGAAUAGUCCUGGAGACAGUUCACCGUCACGUGACCCUCAACAGCCUCCCCCAGGCCAGCCUCAAGGACAGUCCUUUGACCCACUUCACUUCCGUCUUCUCCUCUCUCAGCGACUAAUGGAGCUGAGGAAGGAGAAAGGCCUGCCACCUACGAUGCCAGGUCUUGGCCCUGGUCUGCACCCAGGUCUCUUCCCACACUUCCCUCAUCUGGGACCACAUGGUCUUGGCAGCCAACCUCUCGAUCGUGAUAUUAGUGGUGGUCUUGAUCUAUCGAUGAAGCCAGAAAAUGACUAUGAUGAUUCUUCACUGGUAGAUGAAGAUUCCAAUAUGUCCGGUGCCAUGAGUCCAAGUGGAGGCGGACGGUCAGAGGGAGAAGGUGACGACCGUGAUGGACGGGGAGCCCCUUCACCUGUCUCUCGGUCUUCUCGUCGAAAGCCCGCUGCUCCUCAAUGGGUCAAUCCUUCCUGGGCGUCUGGUGAGGGUGGUAAAGAGCGAGAAGUGAUAAUUAACGGAGUAUGUGUCAUGCAAACCGAUGAUUAUCGCUUGCGAGAACAGGAAACGGUGCGUAUUGAGCCAACCCCAGUAGAUGAGGCUCGCGCCCGUUCACUCAAGGAAGAAGGCGAAGACGAAACGGAAGAAGAACAACAGCAACUGCCAGUCUCCACUGUCUCAUCUUCCCCGUGCCCAGACACCAUGGAGACAGAUCCGGCGACGUUGCAAGAAGAAGAUCCUUCCACCGUGCAAGAGGAGCCAACGCCCAACCAGGAGACCAUCAAGCAGGAGGCUGAAGUAGAGGAGGAUGAAGAGGCGUGAUGCUAGCAUCGGCCUAAAGCGACGCUUUUGGAUUCCAGAGUUUAUCCCGUUGUUCUUAGCGUGUUGUUGUUCGUGCAUUAUACCAAAUGUUUCGUCCCGUCGGCAAGUGAUGAGCUUCGCAAAGUCGGACGAUGAUGCCAAGGUAUUGUAUCGCCAGAGAGCCUCGUGGAAUCUCUUAGGCACAUUGUGGGCCUUUAAAAUCACAAUUUAGACUCUCAAGUCAUAAGUCCUACAAAAUGUCAACCUCUGUUAUUUUAUUAUGAAAUGUUCGUGUGUUUUACUUGUUAACUUGUCUAAAGAUUUGUAUAUAUAUUUCCCAAGUUUUUGAUCAAGCUCCCCUUAGGUUAGGUGACUUCAGGUAUUUAGAAUGCCAUAAUGCUGAACUGUUCUCUGCUUGUUGCCAACGUGACAGUGGUGGGAACUCCGACCUCUGUACAGUGCUUAGUGUGUACGGAACUUGCCACGACCGCUCGUCCAAGGCGGUCACACAAGACGAGUGUUUCGUACCAGUGAAAUGGUCGAAUCCUGACAUAUGUAAUAUAUAUAUAUAUAUAUAUAUAUAUAUAUAUAUAUAUAUAUAUAUAUAUAUAUAUAUAUAUAUAUAUAUAUAUAUAUAUAUAUAUAUAUAUCUCGUAUGCCCCUGUGAGAUAAUGAUAUAUUCCGGUGAUCCCUUCAUUGACCAAAUAGUACAGAGUAGAACCAAAUAGUAUCCCUGUUCCCCCCAACCCGAGUGAGACUAGCAAGUUACCGUUAAAUAAAAACUAUACAAAUGGAGACUGUGGCUUGGGUACAGGUAAACCUCUCUGUGUGGCCCAGGAAACAAAUGUUCGAGACUGUUAGUUCUAGUCUUAUUUUUCUCAACUAAUUUCACAUUUUCAUCGUUCAGUGAACUAUGCGUAUAUGAAAUAUCCAUCUAGUCUAUGGAUUCAGCAUUGGUUAUUCAAGGUUUCAUGAUCUCUCGUAGCCCUUCACCGUGUGUUCAAAGAAGAGAACUUUUCUUCCAGCUUCAAGAGUGCAAAGAGACCAUUGUAAAUGUGCAAGAAAAAGCCCAGUUGUAAGCCCCAUUCUCGGCUCGGAAUACACAGAUGGCUACAAACUAAUCGAAUGGUGUAGCUAAGAAGGAAACGCAGGACAUCAAGAAUCAAUCUGCUUGGAGCACCGUUCACCCUUAACAAUCAUCCACACACACACACGCGCGCGCGAAUGACGAUGCCCCAAGUGAUACUUGAGCACUCUGAUGGCUGGUGAUGUGCUGGACGCUACCCUGUGCCCGUGGAGGUUCUUAGGGCAAGGGAGGAGGGCAUUACUAUCCACUCAUCACCCGCUGGUCCAGAGGCCAUGAGUGGAGGAUGGGACAGAGGCUGUACCACUUGUCUUGUUAUUGGUUAUAGGAUUUAAGAAUGAGUACUUCGUGGAAACUUGCACUAUAUUUGGAUAGAAUUAACAUGUAUUACUUAAAAUUCCAUUUUUAUUGUAAUUAGCUAUUUUAUGUACAGGUUAUUACUAAUCUAAUUAAAAAGAAAGUAAAGGUUGUCAAGAGUUACUUACACACACACGAAAAGGAACUCGCCCAAUCAAAUUUGCUGACGUACUCCUUGUAAGCAUUCAUUGUAUCAUCAACUUGUUAAUUAAGUUAACGAUACAUUGUCAUUACCUGACCCAUGAUUACAGCGUAUCACAAAUUAAACUGCAAAUCCAAGAAUAGAGAAUCACUACUUUCAAGAUAGUUAUGCUAUUAAUUUACAAACGACUACAGUACAAAAAUUACACACACACAUAUACAUAUACACACACACACACACACACACACAUAUAUAUAUAUAUAUAUAUAUAUAUCAGAAAAAUAAAUUCCAAACAACACUUAAUAUUUGCGUUGUAGUUUUUAUCUGUUAAUUAUAGACUUUUUAAAUGUUAAACUUCAAAGUGUAGUCCGCGAUUAGCACUGAAACGGAGGCAGUGAGACUUCUUUCAUAUAGUAACAAUCCUCGCAGCUGUCACCACUCAUCUCAGACGUCUUCCCUCCAGCAAGGAAAAUCAUGCUCCUUAGACCUCUUCCCGCCACCACCACCAGUUCCCUCACUCCUCCAAGUCUGUAUUCUUGCUGUUUAAGAUUCACUACUUGGAACAAAAAGUUCCAAGUAGCACGGGCUAUGGUGAGCCCGUUGUGGACUUACCUGGCACAGGAGCCCAGGGGCUGUAACUGCCCAAGUCUGUAUCUGGCUUCCCAUUAUAACCUACCUCAACAGUGGACCCAACUUGCCCUAACACUAUACCUACCCCAGCUGUGACUACGACUUACCUUAACACUAUAUCUACCCCAGCCGUGACCACGACUUAUCUUAACACCAUACCUACCCCCCGACACUAAACGCGACCUGCCCUAACAUCAUACCUACCUCAGUAAUGAAAACGACUUGUCCUAAUACUUUACCUACCCCCCAACAAUGAACAGUAUUUGCCUUAAUACAAACUCCAUUGCCCUUCCCAGCAUAAACCUUGCCCUAAAUAUGGAGUUGACUUUACUGGCAGCCAGAGGAGACUGGGACCUGACCUCCGCGAUCACCGGGGGGCCUGACCACCCUACAUGGGUCCGUGUGAAGGCCGCCAGACUAUUGUGGUGGGCGGAGAGUGACAUUUGAGCUGGUAUUCCCGCCAAACGAUUUGUUCAAAUUUUCCAUGUGACCGAUAAUGAUAAUUGUGACCGUUCCGGGGAAUGUCUCGUGUCUCGUGUACGUAUGUUCUAAUGUGUACGUACGUGGGAUGUGUACAUUAUUACAUGUACGUGUGCAAGUGGGCACGACAUGCCAUAUGAUCUCGAAAAUUUAAUGUGAAUCUAAAGGAAGAGAACAAUUACCAUAAUUUUUUAUUAUGGACCCUGAUUUUUCCGUGAACAAUCGAGGGAACCUCUUCCGAUGCUUCCAAUACCCUGUGUCCCCCCUCGCAGGAAGACAUAAAUUAUAUGAACAACUCAAUACGACCAUCAUUAACAAAAGACUAGGUUCCGCCCGCUGGUUCUUCCUCCAUGUUUUCUGUAGAAAGUUAUUAUAAAUCCCACGAAAAAAAGGCGAAUUUAAAACCUUAUAGAAAGUAAAUACAGAGUUGAUUUUUUUGUAUUUUAGAAAAUUCAGAAGCCAGAGCUUAUUUAGUGUACAAAACAGUGAUGGUGGAGAAAUUGGAAGUGGUGAGGAAAGAGGUGGUUUUGGUGAUACAGGAAGAUGUAGUGGUCGUGGAGGAAGGGGCUGUGGUGGAGAAAGAGGUGGUGGUGGUGGUGCUGAUGGAAGAGGUGACAGAAGAGGAUAAAGUGGUGAUGGUCUGGGGAGAGAGAAAGAGGCCAGUUGCUGGCGGUGAUCAAGUGGGGACUAAUCUAAUUUGCUGUGUCACAUCCAUCACACAUUUAUGGAUGUGGCAACAAGCCUGUGUAAGUCAUUUGCGCUUUCCAUUUGUUCGUGGAAAUGAGGGAAAGGCUGAAUGAUGGACCCCUGGCCGGAAUAAUGAGCUGAUGCAGAUUUUGAUUUGCAAUUUGUUCUGUUUUGCAUAUUCUUCUUUUCGUGUAUCUAGCGAUACCGCUCAGACGAGUUGAGGUCGAGAUAGAGAGUUCCUUUUAUGUGUGUGUAUAGGGACUGUGUUUUUCUCAACAAUAAUUACUUCCCGUUAUUUUGCAGUUAAGUUAUAAAAUAACAAGAUAAAUAUAGUACAAUUUUCCACACAAAUGAUGUUUGUUUUAAGUAGGACAAAGUAUUUUAUAUUUUUAUUCAAUAAGUUGUCGUUAGUUGAACGUUUACCUGUGUGUGAUACCAGUGAUUCUUCAACUUGAAGAUAGCUAUGAGUUGAUGAGUUCCCUCUGACGUCAGCAGUCCUGUGAUGACUUGGGUCUGACGUCACGAGGUGAUGGUCACAAGUUAUGGUGAGGUGACGUGUGUUCAACGUUACAGUGGUCACAAAUAUACUGUGUAACGUUACAAUGGUCACAAGUUACGGUGUGACGUGUGUAGUCACAAGUUAUGAUGGUCAGUCCUCGUAAAACUAUAUUUAUUGUUUAAUGAUGUUGCAAGAUGUGUAAGAAUAACAAGACGAUUUUUUUUCCAAGUCAUUUUUUUUAUUGUUCUUAUUCGUUGAUUAUUUAUAUAUAUUAUUACAAUUUUUAAAGACAAUUUUUUUCACUCGUGUUAAGCUGUUAACUUUGUAAAUAAUUUAGCUGUGAAGGACAAGAUAGUGACAGAGAAACGUUCCGGGGCGCUGAGAGCGUGACUGCAGGUAGGGAAGUAACAAAUCGACAAGGCUUUCCAUUACAAGUCUAACUCGUUAUAGAGUGUAAGGUGUACAUGUUAAGGUGACUAAGAGUGAGCCAGAGCAGCUCGCCACCACACAGCAAGGCCAGUUUGUCCCCCCAGAAGUAACACAUUGCGUGAAAAUUAUUAUUAUGUAAUUCUGAUUCGUUUCGUAGUAGGACUAUUCCUUUUCCAUGUUCUUGUAGCAGGUAGUGUUUAUCCUAUUGUGGGGUGGUAAUUGGCGAGUCUUGUGAACCCUCUCCCUCCAUCUCACAACGUAGCGCUCGUUACCACACACUGCGGACUGAGUCCUGAACGUGUACAGCGGGUGAAGUGAGAGAGGGGGAAGGCUUUCCCCUAUGUUGGAGGGGGCGGCGGCCCUGGUGGACGUUGGCCUCCACACACUCGUCAACCUACUGACUUGUGAAACAUGCUUAAUGAUUAAUUCGGAGACCAUUAAUGUGAUUAAACGCAGAGUUCAUUAAAUCACUUAACGAUACAUGAUGGGUUCAUUAAAUCUAUUUGAUCACUGAUGGAAAUGAGUUCAUCAGGUGUACUUAGUGAUUAGCACCGAGCUCAUGAACUGACUUCGACAUUUUUAAUUAAUUUAUUAAGUUAUUGCAACUCCAUUUACAAAUGCAAUUUCGUAAUUUGCGCCGAGAUGGUCGAUUAUCAGAUAAUCGCAAGAGGCACUGACAACUUGUUCCUGUAUGACGGGGCAAGAAGGUGCUAACUCACCCCGUUCAUCGAGGUGUAGUUUCCUUAAAGGAGUCAGUGAGUUAUCUAAUUAUUCAGUUAGAACCUCAUGCUGAAGUUCAGUAAACGUCUCACAAGUCUGAGUUCAGUCUCCGGAGCCCACUCAUGGUCAUUACCCUGGGAGAUAAUGUAAUUAUCUUCCCUUAUUGUACUCUUAUUGAUGCGACUUUCAAGUUAAAACAAGGAGUAAGCUAUAGUGACCUAAAUGGAAUAUAUAUAUAUAUAUAUAUAUAUAUAUAUAUAUAUAUAUAUAUAUAUAUAUAUAUAUAUAUAAAACAGGUCAAGUUCCGUUAAAUGAUUAACGUCUUGAUAAUUUAUUCAUAUACAUCUUGAUUCUGUACAACUAUUAUGAUAUGAAUUCGUUUUGGACCAAAAUAACUUAGCAAGCUCACCAAAGCUCAGUACCGCCUAAAUUCGACUGACAUUAAAUAAUCAAAUAAUCAUUCAAAUAUGUAACAUUGUGAUAACAAGAUCCUGCCCAGUCGGACCAGGCGAAUCUUACUCCAAGACAAACGAUUCUGUCUAAAAAAGUACGAUAAUAUGAAUACAGUAAUACGUCAGUAUAAGCGUGGUUUGUUAAUUGUUAUAAAAAUACUUGCAAGUUCAUCGGACAAUGCAAUUAGGGGGGGGGAAGGAUGGCCUUUACUGCUCUAUAUUUUGGAACUCAAAUAGCAAGAGCUGGUCUCACCUAAUUAUUCCCAACAACGCAAACGGUGACUAACAGCCAGGUAGCCAGCUGUCUACCAGUUGUGGUGACCAUCUGGUAGGUAAUGGCCAGUUGUGCCUGCCGUGCUCGACAGUGCGUGGCGUCUAAGGAAGGCUCAACUUUGGACCCCAAAUCCCUGCUCCGCUCCCAGCCCCGUCGGCAAGCUGACCAAACAUGGGCUCAGUUUGCAACUUUUUAACAAUAACAAACUGAAUGCAAACCGUUUUUUACAAAGACAAUCAAUUAUUCCCCCACCCUUCCCUCUCCACUUUAUCUAACGAUCUUCCCUCAUGACUAUAACAAUGUAAAGAUAAUAGUUGAGAGAUAGUAUCAUUUGAGGAGGAUGUGAUUUGAGAUUUGUUUAAUUGUGACGAAGUUCAUUACUUACCCCGAUAAAAAGAGAAUAGUAACUUUGAGUCUCAAAGUUCUCAAAUCUUAUAAUCACUUCCCUCCGUAACCAACCUUUACACAUCUCCUGACCUGUAGCUGACACACUGAUCGGUAGAAAAAUAUAUAUAUAUGAAUUAGAAUUCCAAUGUCUGUUGUUUUCUUAUUAAGUAAUUAGGAGGUGUUGAUAACGCGAUCAGAACAGCCAGGCCCUCCUGGUUAAUCUCCGUAAGGAUCAUAUUACCAAGAUAAUUAUCAUAUUGUUUGUAAUUAAUUGUGUGGUUUUCGUGCCUUCCUUGUUUCUUUGUUCGUUGAUUUGUUAGUUUGUUCUCCCGAUAGUCACGCAGUAUUCCUAUCUCACACAGAAAUUCUACUAUAUACGUUCUUGUCCGUCGAAGGAAUUUUUGAAUUUUAUCAUAAUUAGCAUAUUGAAUUUUUCUGUAUAGUAAACCUGUAUAGUGUCCUCUUAGACAAUAUUUCAUUCCAGUGAUAUUCCAAAACCCCGUAUGCUGAAUAGUGAAUGAAAAUGUGGUGUGUUCAACAAGCCUUAGAUGUGGUUGUCAACAAAAAUUUACUUAAUGAAAACCGCUUAUGUGUGAACAGUGAUUACUGACUAGUUGUGGGAGGUUCAGGUUUAAGUGCUGACGCGCGCAUUAGUGACAGAUCUGUGUGUGUAUGUGCGCAGUGCAGUGACCGUACGGUGCAGCGCAGUGACGGUGCGUAUGGCGGAUGACAAUGUGCGCACAGGCCCGUGGACGCAUCUCCCAAAUGUGAUGUUCAUAUGUUAUCUUACUCACUAGAUAGCAAACAUGACAUAAUAUUAAUCCCUGCUUGCAUAAUAGAGAUGAUUUUUUUCCCCCUUGAUUGAAAAUAAUGGAUUAUUAAAGCAAUAUUGUGACUACAAAAAAAUUGAUUUAUUAAGCGAGAAAAAUAAACAUAGGAGAAAAAUAAUGGGGAAAUAUUUUAAGCUAUAUUAGUGACUACAACCAAAAAUAUAUUGAGGCCUAUAAUAGGUGAUGCUUUGACGAGUAUCAGAAAACACGCUUAAGUGAAUUUCUGUGCAAGGAAGGGAUAGAGAGCCCAUGUGUUCGGACCCGCGGCGGUGUUCGAACAAAACGACGUGUACGACACCUGUUGUGGUGUUCGAAUGAGGUGUGCUAGGGACGAUCUGUUGUGCCAAUUGCCAAGUUUCUUCUUCUGUGUCAUCAAUAAGGGUCAGUAUGGCAUUUAUCUAUUGAGCAUUUUACGCCCUUAUCUACUUAUACUUACAGUCACAAGAUAGGUAGAGCCCACCACCCUUAGUGGAGACACUGUAGGGGUCAUCCACACUGUAUGGUGUAUGUAGACUACAGUGCGUUCACUACCAUAUACAGCCCAUCCUGCAAGAAAAUUUUGCAUUGUAAGAUUUUAAAUUAAGUUUAAUAUUAUUGUACAUAAAAUAUUCAUAUCAGUCUGUAUGUCUUUUGAGAUUUCUAAAUUAAAACUAUUUGUCUGUAUUUAUACAGAAUA